AUGCCAGUGAUCAGUCAACUGCGUCCGUUCCGCUUCAUCGAUAACGCAACGAAGCGAUAUGCAAGGGCCUACAAGCAGGCACUGGCCCAGUUCGAGGGUGCAUCGUUCGUCGAGAAGGGGGUGAUCUGGCGCAAGCUUGUCCAGAAGUUGGACAGAGAGUGGAUGAUCUUCAUGAGGAUUGCGGGCGCAUGCGCAACGUCAGUCAUAGGGCUGCUAUCGACGUCGAGCAUCCCAUCGGGUCCACUCACCUUCGCUUUCGGGAUGGUGUGCGUCGAAGCAUCUGCCUUCUGUUUCGCAUACUGUGUGGUGUAUCGCAUUUACAUGCCGCGUAUGAAUGAACACCUGCGAGGCUUCGACUGGUUGGCGGAAUCGAAGGCGGUCCCCGACUCCUCAUGGAAGUCGGCCCCGCGACUACUCACGGUGCCCGCGGGGUGGAUGGCAUGUGCUACAGUGACCUUCGUGGCGUUCCUUCUGACCGAGCUGUGGGUGGGCAUAGGAGGAGAUUCGGUGGCCCAGUCUCGCAAAGGGAGUGUCGUGCUGUCUGCGAUAGCGACGAUCGAACUCGUUGGGGGCUUGAUCCAGGCAGCCUUCGUCAUGCCCGCCUUCAUGAGGUUGUACAAGCCCGUCGACAGUCUUGUCUAG